CCGGCAUGGACGCAUUCCGUAACGAGAGCAAAGCCUCAACCCUGGACCUGCGACAUCAUUCUGUGCAUCUCUCUGCCCGGCCCUUCUCGACUCUUCACCAUCCGCCAACUCCCCAGCCAUCCUCCGCCUGCCGAAACGCCCACAUACCCCUCCCACCGGCCCCAGAGCUCGACCGAGACUGCGAACUGAUGGGCUCGCCGCCAUGUCGGCCAACCCAGGCAUGAGCCGCGCCGAGCGUUUCGAGGACGAGAAGCGACGCAUAAUCGAGAGCUGCUUCAACAAGAGGGACGACGAUGGCUCAGUGCUCGAAACCUACAUCACACACCUGCGGAUUCUCGAAUUCUCGCAGUAUCCGACCAGUCCUCCUCCCCCACAGGCGCGGACGCCCCAGUCAGAAAAGCCCCGUGUCAUCAUCGUCGCCGUUCGAAAGUCUGGCCGAGUCCGAGUGCACAAGACCAAAGAGAAUGUGAAUGGCUCCUUUUCAAUCGGCAAGACCUGGAAUCUCGAUGAUCUGGCCGCCAUAGAAUCAUAUACUGGCCCCAACACCCCUCCCGACUUUCGACAAUGGGCUGGAGACAAUGGCUUUCUCGUCACCCUCGGCAAGCCAUACUACUGGGAGGCACAGACGGACAAGGAGAAGAAGUUCUUCAUUGCCAGCCUCAUCAAGAUAUACGGCAAAUAUACCGGCGGUCGGGUGCCAUCCCUGUCCAACUUCGACCAGCGCGAGCUCGAUCAAGUCCUCGGCGGAGCCGCCAGGAAGGGCGCCGCCAGCCAGCAGACUCCUAACCAGCCCAGCCCGUCCCCUGCCCGACCCUCCCCAUCUCCCGGCAGACCUCCGCCGCCGCCCUCGCCGGGCCGGCCGCUGUUGCCCUCCGCCUCCAACCAGGCCCUAAGCUCGCGAUCGAAUGGCCCAGAUGCCACUGCCGGCUCAGACUACACCCGCACCCCCUCGCGAAGUCCCAUGCCGCCCAAUGGCAACUCGUCGCCGGCCUCGAGUCUGACCCCCAGUCUCGACUCAAGCCGGAACAUGCGGAGCCAGGAGCCUCCCUUGAGGCAAAGACUGGCUGCCGGCAACAAGAGCCAGGACUCGGUAGCCAACUCGUACAGGAGCGGCGAUGAAAGUUUACGCCCCAGAUCUCGAGGGAGGCCGAAUGGUGUACCGCCGCCAUUCAACAAGACACAAGAUCCCCCACCCCCCGCGCUUGCUCCCGCCUUCUCUCCGAACCCCAGCUCCAGGACCUCAGGAGACAGACCCUCGAUGGACAGGCCCUCGAUGGACAGGCCCUCGCUGGACAGGCCCUCGACGGACAGACCCUCGCUGGACAGGCCCUCAACGGACAGACUUCUCGUAGAUAGGUCUAUAGGAGAUAGGCCCGCCGGAGACCGCCCCCCAGAGAGGAAGCGUCCGCCAAUGGACCCGUUGCGGCCCACCGGCCUACCGCCAGAUGAUGCAUUGGUACCGGCGCCUUUAAGCAACGCGAACUUGCGUCGCUCACCGUCUCGGGAUGUCCUGGAACCUAGCUCGCCGAUCGCACCACCACCCAGGAGUAUUGAGCGUAUGUCGCCUAGAAGACCGUCAGGCCGGCCGACACGCGCAGAACCCCCCUCGGCCAUAGAUCAGAUCGCCGCUGAACCUGUCGAGCCUCCCGCCCCUCCUCAACCCACCGAGGCCCUGCCGCCACUCGACACUGCGGCGCCUCCGCCUCUAUCUGUGUCUGCAAAUGACGGUAACAAUGACAGCCCCUCAGUGCCAGCUUCGGCUUCUACGCCGGCUGAUAGCCCAAUAACCUCUCCAGUCUCCCCUGAGGAGCACCGUCCUGGCCUCGGCCCGAUGAUCAAAGCGAAGAGGUCCCAGAACAAAUUGGCAGGGGCCUUGUGGAAGGCAGCGGCAGCGUCCAAUGCGUUCAAACCUAGGGUCGGAGGAGCAGGUGAAAAGUUGCUGAAGGCCGCCAAGGAGGAACAAAACAACGGCCCGGAUGGCAUCACGGCAGUCGUUCCUGCUCCACCACGUCCGAAGUCCAUUGAGAAGAAACCAGAGCCGGUACCAGAGGUCACAGUUUCUCAAGCCGAGCCAGCACCAGCGGAGCCCACGAAGGUCCAGAAAUCCGAGGCGAAACCCGAGCCACAGCAAAUCCCAGAGCCAGAAGUCAAGGACGAGCGCAAGAAGUCCGUUGUGGCAGGCAAUGAUCUCAAGUAUCUGACAACUCUUGGCGUUGACCCAUCUAUCUUGGAUAACAAGACCGCUCAGUUCACGGAAUGGCUUGACUUCUUCUCCUGGGUACCAGGCGAUAAGAUGCGAACACUGAACUCUGACGAGAUGAAGUUUGAUAUCGAACGAGAACUGAACAAAGCACAAGCUGGCGGCUGGCUGGCCCGAUUUCAGGAGGAGGAUGAACGUGUUGAAGCCAUCAAGACUGGAAUUGAUGCAGCAGUCGAUGAAUGUGACGAGCUGGACAAUCUCCUGACUCUGUACACCGUUGAGCUCUCUACCCUCCAAGAUGAUAUUGCGUACAUCGAAGCGCAAGGACAAGGUCUCCAGGUCCAGGCAGCGAAUCAAAAGCUCCUCAAGAAGGAGCUUGAGUCGCUGCUGGAAACCUGUGCGAUCACUGCAAAUGACCUGCAGGCCUUAUCUACGGCUCCUCUCGAGACUGUCAAUGGUGUAGAGGAAGUUGAGACGGCACUCGUCACCCUGUACAAAGCCAUGAUUAAAAUCGACCCGAGCAUGGGCAGUCCGGACGGAUCCAAGACCGGAGAUGGCAGCAGCGACCAAGCUAUUGACUUUAAUGGCGACUAUGCGAAGAUGCGAGUUGUGCAGGAGAAACGACAGAUGUACAUGCAAGAGAGUGCCAUGUUCAUGCAGCGGCUCGUGGAUUUCAUGGCGAAACAGUUCAAUGUUGCGAAUGACGAAGUAAGGAGGGCUUUGAAGGGCGCGUUAAACAAGAAGAUCGACCCGCAAAACCAUGAUAUUGGGCGCGACAUGCUCUGGAAAUACGACCCACUCAUGCUCUACACCAGGGACGCGGACCUCGAAGUCUGGAAUCGGCUGAUACAGAUCUACCAGGAUGCCGCUCACCCGACGUACAAGAUGGAAUUCCGGGAUGCUCUAGACUCGUGGAAGAGGAAUGCAAGGAAACCAGCUGGGGAAGAUGCGCUCUUGUUCUCUUCCCAGGAGGAGAAGAAAGAAGAGGGUCUUGCAACAGCCGCCCGCAAGCUCACAGUUAAGAGGAGCCAGACGCUCGCCAGGAUCCGCUCACCUCUUGGGGAAGGCCAGAAUAAAACUACCAACAGCAGCGCGGUCGACUUGUCACGGAACUCGCCAUAUGAAAUAUUCGCCAACGUCCUUGACGAUGUCCUGCCAUUGGUAGAGAUGGAACAGAAUUUUGUCAUCGACUUCUUCCAUGCGACCACGAUGGAGCAAAUCGACUUUCCGGACGCCGUUGCCGCCAUCAGUCCCGGGGCCCGUAGAGGUAACGAUCUCAAGAGGCACAGACUCAUGGAGCCGGAUCGAGAUCUCGCACGACGAGUGACACGAUCGAUGGAAGUCAUCUUCCCAUUCCUUGAAAAAGAUCUCAGCAACAUGGUCGACUGGGUCCUGGUACAAAGUCCAUUGCAAGGCGUAGGUGUCAUGGCAAGCAUGGAGCGCAAGCUCGCAGAUAUUCAGCAGUCCAACCAGGACUUCCUGAAUAGCGUCUUGCAGAAAGUCCACGGCAAUCUGCUUGUGAAAUUCAAGAGAUUUGUAGAAGAGCAAAUACGGGCUAUCGAGGACACCAAGGUCAAGAUCAAUAAGCGAAAGGGCGUCAUCUCCUUCAUGAGAGUAUUCCCGCCCUUCAGCAUGGCAGUGGAAAACAUGCUCUUGGGCAUUGAUCCUAAUCUCAACGUCCGCCGCACUGUCGAUCGCGAAUACGAUCGCAUCUUGAGAUCUAUGUUCGAGUCGCUUAAAGUCAUCGCACGCGAAAACCCAGCGGUGGGUGUGGCAGCAGCAGGUGCAGGGGCUGAUCCCGAAGAUAAGGAGGCGCUCAACUACCACAUCUUGCUUAUUGAGAACAUGAACCAUUACGUCGAGGAGGUGGAGACACGGGAGGACGAGACCCUCGAGAAAUGGAAGCGUGCGGCCUCUGAAGAGAUAGAUGAGCACAUGACGCGAUACCUCGACGCGGUGAUGCGUCGACCCCUUGGAAAGCUCCUCGACACCCUUGAAAACAUCGAGGGCCAGCUCAAGUCAGGCAAGGCCCCGGCCGCCAUUGCCGCUCAACCUUCGAACAACAAGACAACGUUCGAUAAGGUGCUGCUCCAUUACGAUGCCAAAGAAGUCAGGAAGGGCAUCGAGGCAUUGAGGAAGAGAGUCGAAAAACAUUUCGAUGAGAACAACAGCCUGGCUAUGAAGGUGACAAAGUCGUGUGAAACCUUCUAUAAUGAAGUUGAGCAGAGGAUCAAUCGGGUCGUCUCCGAGCUAUAUGGCGGAGAGGUUCUGGUCGAGUGGCCUCGAUUGGAGGUGAAGAGCGGAUUCAGGUGAGGAGUGAGUGAAUGGUGACACGGUGGGAAUCAGCGCGGGAGCGACCUACUUGAUGAUACCAUGAUUAAUCUGCAUGGCGGAAGGCAGCAAUAAAUACAAAAAGUUUCCCCA